UGGUGUAGAUUGUAGAAGGUGUACUGAGACUUCGAUUAGGAUUUGUUGCCAUACACCUGUUAUCCUACAAAUCGUAUUCUCCUUGUGAGCGACUACAAAAAGUCAAAAAAGCGGAUGUCGACCGUUAAAUACAAACAUCGCUGGCAUCUUAUUUCAGUCUGUUUACUUGUAACUGUCGGUACUCCAUCGUUAUCUUGGACAGCUACCAAACAAUUGAUAACACAACGUACGUUGGCAAAACGGUAGAGGUUUCGGUGAACAUUAGUAUCAAUAAUGGCAAAGGAAAAUAGAAGAAAAAGAAUUAAUUGGAUUAUUGCGGUGCUUACUCUUGGCAUCUUGAUCAUCGCAGGAGUGGUUGUUGCUGUUGUUUUAUUGACAAAUGAUAAUAAUGCAGAAAAGUCGACGUCAAUGGUUUUCAGAUACCCAGUGAUACUUAUAUCAGCAGAUGGAUUUCGACACGAUUAUUUGAUGGAAGGUCUUGCCCCAAACAUAACACAAUUUGGAAAAAGUGGCGUACGAGCAAAGUUUAUGCUAUCACAGUUUCCCACAAAGACAUUUCCAAAUCAUUACAGCAUUGUCACCGGCUUAUAUCCUGAGUCCCAUGGAAUUGUCUUUAACAGUUUUUAUGAUCCAGAUUUGAGAAGGCGUUUUUCAAUACCAAAGUCGACAUAUCCUAAGUUUUGGCAGGCUGCUGAGCCAAUUUGGAUUACAGCAAAAAAUUAUGGAAUAAAGAGUGCUUCAUAUUAUUGGGUUGGCUCUGAAGUGGAAGGAAAACAGCCUACAUAUUUUAGAAAAUACAAUCAAUCUAUUCCGUUUUCUGACCGAGUAAAUCAGGUACUGGAAUGGUUGAAACUUCCACCUGAAGAAAGACCUUCCUUCAUCACUCUCUAUUUUCAUCAGCCUGACUACACCGGUCACAGCCAUGGUCCAGAGUCUCCUGAAGUUAAACAACAAAUUCGUCUUGUAGAUGGAUCGAUCGGUCAAUUAAUGAACGCAUUAGAAAAAAUGAACAUGUCUGAUUCAGUGAAUAUUAUUUUGUUGUCUGAUCAUGGCAUGGCAGACGUGAACUGCAAUGACACGAUAUACAUGGAUAAAUACGGAGUUUUGGCCAAUGAAUUGUACAUAUCGAAUGGUGGUUCUGUUCUUAGCUUUAAUGUAAGAUACAAAGGCAACCGUGAGAAAAUAUUUGACAAGAUAAAGUGCAAGAAUGAUUCAUUUCAAUCUUUUUACAAGUGGGAUUUGCCAAAGAGAAUGCACUUUUCAAACAACAAACGUAUCGAUGACGUCAUUGUUCUUGCUGACGUGGGCGAACUGCUUUCAGUGAACUCGAGUCGAAAAUAUCCUAAAUGUUCCCGUGGUGCUCAUGGUUACGACAGUAUACUUCCUGAUAUGUGGACAAUUUUCAUGGCGAGAGGACCGUCAUUUUUAAAAGAUAAAGCUGUUGAGCAUUUUUCAAAUAUUGAAAUUUACAACUUAUUGGCAGCUUUGCUUAAGAUCAAGCCAGCUCCAAACAAUGGAACGUUAGGGAGUCUGAACAACUUGCUUGUCCCACAUGCCAGAUCCACACCUUCAAUAUCACAAAGUGAUGGAACCAUAUUCCGUCAUGAUAUUUGUCGAUUUCCAAAUGAUGAUGUCUUGCCAAGCAAGCAAGUUUGUCAGUCCUGUGAUACUUCCAAAGUCGAUAUGGAUCAAUUGAAUAAAGCAUUAAACAUAACACCUGAACAAGGGAAAUUAUUUGAAAUAAAGCAUUUACCUUGGGGUACACCUAAAGGAGGUGUUGGACAGAAGAGUUGUUUAUUAUCACAAAAACAUUUUAUCAUCGCAUACAGUACAAUUUUACGUAUUCCUCUUUGGGCAGCAUACACCAUAAAUUCCACGCAAAUAACGACAAACAAUAAUCAUCCUAAAGACUGUUACCACUCCGAUUUUCGACUUAGUCAUCGUCAAGAAAGCAACUGCUCAACCUACAAAAACAAUAGAAAUUUUGUCAUAGGACGAUUGGUGCCUUACACUGAUCUACAUUUUGACAAAAUUGCCAUGCUCUCUUCUUCCAUGUUGACAAACACUGUUCCAAUGAAUCCAGUUUUCAAACUAGGAAUAUGGAAAAGACUUGAAAAUGUGAUUCGAAAUUGGGCAAUGAAGUACAGUUUAGUUCGUGUUAUUACUGGAUCAAUCUUUGACGUUGAUGAGAAUGGCAUAAAGGAUGCAGAGGUUUCUUCAAAAAGACGUCUAGGAAACCUAACAGCAAAUCCAGCUAUUCCAACUCAUUUUUAUAAGAUCGUCACUCGAUGUGACACGAAUAUAAGAUCAGAUUAUGAAUUCAAAGAAUGUCGUGGAACUAUUUAUGUAAUUUCGUUCAUUUUAAAACAUCGGGGUGAUUAUUGUAAGUUUCGAUCAUGGAAUGAACUCCUUCAAAAUGUCGCUCCAGUCCGAGACAUAGAACUCCUCACUGGAAUCAACUUCUUCUCAAAGUUACCUGCACAACUCCAGGUUUAUUUAAAAACUUUUGUUCCUGUGGAACUGUGGAAAUAGCUCAAAAUAUAAACCGAACUUUUUUUGUUUCAGAUGCAUGCAUUGUGACACAUUCUGCAUUCCUUAAAUUUCUGUAAAUUGCAAAAACAACUUUCUUCUUCAUAUGCAUUAAGAGUACACAGACAUGAGACAAGUUUUUCUUGAGUCGUGUUGAAACAUG